CUCUGCACCGGCAGACCCAUUGUUGAGCCGAUUGUUGAUGGAGAGCGGCAGCAGCCAGCCGCAGUCGCCCGCCCCGCAGGCGGAGGCGGCCCCUGCCCCAUCGCCACCCCCACCGACAGAGGAACAACCCUUCCUGGAGACAGACACCCCUGAAGUAGCCACCGACGAAGAGGUGGUCACCGACAAGGGCGCCAUGCUCAUCGUCAUGACCGCCGUCGAUCCGAACGACCUGCAACAGCCACCCCCGCCACCCCCGUCCGCCUCCAUCCUUAUUCCUGCAGACGAAUUCCUCAUUAGUUCAGCACAACUCAAUGAAGAAAGACGGCGCAAGGAAUUAGGUCUGGUUGAGGGCGGCGAGCAGGCGGGCCCUGUGUUCCUCACAGCCACACACAUGGCUGAGCUGGGGGCGACCGAGGGGGCCGCGCCGCCCCGCUCAGACGGCGACCCCGACAACUGGCGAGCCUACUACGAACAUCCUUUGACCGCAGCAACCUCAGCUAUGCUGAACAUAAGCGGUGGUGGCCACGAAGAACAACAAACAGCCUCCAUGGGCUUCAUCUACGAUUACUACAAACCACAGGACAAGGAGAGUCUGAAAAUCGGCCCACAGGCCAAUGCGGCCACUCUGGCGGCCGCCUCCACCCUCAGCGACUUGUGGCAAACGUCCAACUCGGGAAUGCUUCCUCCGCACCAUCACAAGCUGACCAAUGGCCUCUCGGUGGGCGGAGCGGGCCUCCUCGCCGGCCCUGCCCACGACUACUCGUCGUCGUCGCCGGCGGCGCCCUCGGCGGCGCCGAGUCCUGCAAGGGACGGCGCCGAUUCGCCGCGCCGAGCGUCGCCGGCCGGUACGGAACUUUUGUUCGUCACUCCCGGGCUAAGCGUGAAGCGCGAACCCGAGGACCUGAGCCAGCCGGUGCCCCGAAAGCAAAUGUUGCUUGACCGGGUCGUCGACGCCGCCAAAGUGGCUUCGAGCAGACACGGCACCGACAGCGUUCUCGUACUCGGAAGGAAAGCAGUCAAGCAGGACGAGUUUGGAGGUCGGGGCAGUCCCGUGGACGAAGCCCUUCUGCUCAAGGCGCCGAUUCCGCCGUACGCGACGCAAAUGUUCGGCGUUUCGCCUGGCGGCGGCGGCGCCACCUUCGAGUACGCGCAACAGUCGCAGCAGUCGGCGGCCAACUACGCGGCCGCCUCGCCCGGCCGCACGUCCAGCGCCUCCUACACAGAGCCCUACUACCGCGACUACUUCGGCGCCGACUAUCAGCGCCAGUACGCGGCGGCCGACGGCGCCGACUCGGCCACGGGCGUCACGACCAGCACGGCCAGCGCCAUUUCCAGCGCCUUCGUCGAACGCUACGUUCGUCAGAGCGCGGUUUACAAGACGGGCAACGUGGCGCUGACCGUUGACCUGCCCUCGCCAGACAGCGGCAUCGGCACCGACGCCAUCACCCCCAGGGACCAGACGGCCAUUCAACAGAGUUUCGACUACACCGACAUGUGCCAGAAUCCGCUGCUCCCCGAGACGCUGAACCAACAGCGGUCCAACAGUUCCGGCAGCCUGGCCUCCCCCAACGCCUCCAACACCUCCAUCGGCACCCCCGGGGGCCGCUCCAGGCCGUGGCACGACUUUGGCAGGCAAAACGACGCGGACAAAGUGCAGAUUCCAAAAUUAUUCUCACAGUACGGUUUCCGUUACUUCUUGGAAACGCCGAUCUCGACGAGUCAGCGCCGCGAGGACGACAGAAUCACCUACAUCAACAAGGGCCAGUUUUACGGAAUCACCCUCGAGUACCUGCCUGACCCUGAGUCGGCCAUCAAGUUCCAAACUGUCAAGAGCGUGGUGAUGCUGAUGUUCCGCGAAGAAAAGAGUCCCGAGGACGAAAUCAAAGCGUGGCAAUUCUGGCACAGCCGCCAACACAGCGUCAAGCAACGCAUCCUGGACGCAGACACGAAGAACAGCGUCGGACUGGUCGGAGUGAUAGAAGAGGUUGCGCACAACGCGAUCGCCGUCUAUUGGAAUCCGCACGAGUCUUCGGCAAAGAUCAACGUGGCCGUUCAGUGCCUGAGCACGGACUUCAGCAGUCAGAAAGGCGUCAAGGGCCUGCCGUUGCACUUGCAGAUCGACACCUACGAAGACCCGAGGGACGGACCGGUUGCCCACAGAGGAUAUUCCCAGAUCAAAGUCUUUUGUGAUAAGGGUGCCGAACGCAAAACGCGGGACGAAGAACGACGAGCGGCCAAGCGCAAAAUGACGGCCACUGGCCGCAAGAAGCUGGACGAACUUUACCACCCACCGGGUGAGCGUUCCGAGUUCUACAGCAUGAGCGACCUGACGAAGCCUCCGGUGCUCUUCUCGCCGGCCGAAGACAUUGAUAAGCUGACCUCGAUGGAGCUGCAGGGCUUUUAUGGACAUCCCGACCCGGAUAGUUCUAGUCUUUCAAAUGGGGACGGAGCGCUGGGCCGGUCGCAUGUGGCGUCUCCGACGUACCUGCUGCACGCCAAGCCAUUGCACCACCACCCUCCCACCCCGACCACCCUUAAGUUCCACAACCACUUUCCCCCAGACCACCCAGGGUUCGGUCAGGAAAAGAAAGAUGUUCUAGAGGACACGGUCUUCAACAGUCCAACUCAACCACCCUUGAAAAGGCCAAAACUUCAACCUUCACCCUCACCCCUGCACCAUCAGGUGGCACACAGCCCUGGUGGUCUCGGGAGCGGUGGGCCGCCGCCUUUGAGUGAAAGGGUGAUGCUCUAUGUGCGGCAGGACUCUGAGGACAUUUACACACCCUUGCAUGUGGUGCCGCCAAGCACUGCAGGCUUAAUGCACGCGAUUGAAUCAAAGUACAAAAUUUCAACUUCCGCCAUUUCUAACUUGUAUCGCAAAAACAGGAGGGGGAUUACAGCCAAACUUGACGACGACAUGCUGAGGUACUACCUUAAUGAAGACCUGUUCAUCGUCGAGUUCAAGCAGGUCAAGGGCGAAGAUUCGUACGAGGUGACUUUGUGCGAGGUGGACGACCGUUGAUCUGUGACCCCGCCAAGUGCCAUUAACUCGCGCGUAACUCUCACAUAAACUUUGAUCGUUUUUUAUAUAUGAAAGGAAGAAAGUUGCAUUGGAAAAAUCAAACGCUGUGAUUCGACGAUGAAAUUCGAGAAAAAUUUCGUUCCAAGCUGAUCAACAUUUAAGAUACUUUUAUACGGCUCGACAAGAGUACAAAAACGGAAGAUUUUCUUUUGCUGAGAAAGAGAGAAAUGAUUUUUUUUGCGUUUAUCAUGGAUGAUUUGUCUCAUUUUUUAUAUAAAUGUAUAAAAUUAAGUUGUUAAUUUAAUGAAGCAGAGAACAAAAAUAAGCUAUUUUUUUGUGUACACAUUGUGUUUUUUACAAGUUGUAGUUGUGUAAAAAUUAAUGCUCAAAUAAGUAAAACGUGUUUUGCAUGCUUAGAUUUAACUGUGGAGCAGACGCAAAGAAAAGUGACUAAACAAAAGGCGUUCAAGGCGGCGGUGGAUCUCUUAUUGCCUAUGCAAAAAAUAAUUGAAAAUAUUCUAGAUGAGGAUAAUUAAAGCAAAUUCGGGCCAAGCCCGACUGAAAUUUUUGCCGCGCUGGUGUUUUCUGUGAUUUUAUAAUUAUUAAAUUUGUGUGUUUUUAGUUCAACACCAGCGUCACCCACAAUGAAAAAAUCCACCGCCAAAACUCUUCAAAAAAAUAUUUUAAUCUAGUUUCCAGAAUGUAAAAAAAGAAAUAAGUCGUAUGAGGAAAAAAAAGUAAAAAUGUUUUUGUGUUAAUUUAUUUGAUCUCAAGUGAAAAGAAUCCAAUCAAACUCAUUGAACUGCCUCAAAAGUGGAAAAUCAAAAUUAGAACUGAUUGUGCUCAAGUUUCAAACGUUUACUCAAAAAUCAUGAUACUUCACAAUGCACCAACAACAAUGAACCGAUUGUUGCUCACUUAAUAAUCAAAAAUUAAUGUAAAAUCUCGUUUGCCAUCCGCCUCUCUAGAUAGAUAUUUUGUGUGUAAAGUAAAGCUCUCUCUGCCUAACCCAUUGUACAAUUAAUUAUUUUUUGACAUGAUGUAUUUUGUAUGGAUUUAAAUAAUAUUAUAUAUAUAAACCCCUGUCGCAAUAAAAUUGUUAAACAUGGCAGGUCGCGCGCAAAAUGAAACAAAUUACACAAGACAUUUAAGGGGCCAGCCAAAAACGGAUGAUCGCGAUCUCGAGCAGUGCCCUCGUCGUUAUAUUAUGUAUUAAUUUUUUAUCUUAAUUAUUUUGCAUGUGUACGCUGUGCCAUUUUUACACUCACGACCCAUACGUUCACUCACUUUUCACAGUUUGUUUUUUAUAUAAAUACUUUCACACUGCCCGCAAAAAUCCGAGAAACAAAUCGACAAAUAUGUUUUGUAAAAGUAGAGGAUAAAUGAUUUGUAGUUCCCAGCUCGGCUGGUUGCUCGUCAACAAUUAAAUCUGCGAAUCUGGUGUUGAAAUCAAAAUGAACACAAAUAAACUGCCUGGGGAUUCUGUUGUACUCAAACGAUCAA